AUGACCACGAAAUCACCUAUUACAUGUCACGUGCUUGAUGCAUCCACGGGGAAGCCCUGCCCAGGCAUUGAAAUCCGGGUUCAAGAAUACCAUAUCCUGGGGAAGGGGAUGGCCAUGUUUGAGCCCCUUGCAGAAGGCACAACCGAUGCAGAUGGACGAUGUAUGAGCCCUGUGCCUAUAUCUCCCGAGGCAAAAGGUGUUGUAAAGGUGAAAGCAAAUACGUUGUACAAAGUGGUCUUCAAAACAGAGGAGUACUUCAAGAAACAAGACACGAAAUGCUUCUAUCCGUGGGUGGAGGUCCGUUGGGCAUGGCAGAUAACAUUUGAGUUGGACAGCCCAGACGAACCAUACCAUAUACCGCUCCUGAUCAGCCCGUACUCCUUCACUACGUAUCGGGGAAGCUGA